AUGGUUGUGAAAGUUCCAUCGCUCUGGCAAGCUGGCAAGAGCCCGAGCUUGAACGAGUCGAAGACGUCUUCAUUCAGCGCAAGGCUUGCGCAUCAGUCUGCUCCUGAAGAUUCUGUGCUGGCUCGCUCGAGCUUGACUGAGAGGAGUUCGAACAGGAAGCUAGUUUACGACUCGGAACUCAAAGACAUCUCACUGUCUGGGCUGGGAAGUCAGCAGAUGAAGAGUUGGAACCAGAGGCUAGGCGAAACCAUCUCAGAGUUCGACGAGUAUGAGGAGCUUGUCAAGAAGGAGAUCGAGCUAAAGUCGAACAGGAAACAGGAAAAGUACGAGGGCAAUCGGAAAGAGAAGGUUGAGAGGCCAUCCACAAGCUUCAUCAAACAAGCUGUCAUCAGUGCCAACGAGUCGUUCAUCGGCCCGACCGCCCAAGGGUUGAGCUCCAGCCGACAGAGCUUUGCGACUCCGCCGGUAGACGACCAGCUCCCCUGCCAGUAUGUUUCUCUCACCCCAAGGAAACUUCGCCUUCAGCCCAUGUUGUGCCUACCCCUCGAAGUGUCCUCCAAGACCGUCUCACCCUUCUGGCGCAGCAAACACGAUGAGGCUCCCACAAGACUCGGCACGAGCAAGCUGCCCACGGCUAGCGAAUCGCAGGGAUGGAAGGUGGACGCAGUCGACAAGAAGAAACCAGACGACAUCGAGCUCAAGGAGAACGAGGAGUACAAGCUGAUCAUAGAGCACAAGCUUCUUAGCUGCGAUGUGCUGUCGCCUGAUCCGAGAGUGGGCGAUGAGGCUCCGCGCGUGUCGUCCCUUCAGGAAGAAAACUCCAGCAGCUCGUCUGGCAGCAGCAUGGCGAGCACUCCACGGGUUGCCAGGGAGAGGAUCACCAGCGUGAAAGACUUCAUGAAGAGCAACUACAGGAGGUGGGCGGCUGACUGGAACCCGGAGAUGAAGGCAGCAUGGGAGGGAUCAGCCAAGAGGCUGGAGAUGCUGCAGAGGGACGAGAUCGUCCUGCUGCACCACCUGGAAGGGGAUCUGAACGAGAAAACCUUCACGUGCAGCAGCAUCUCCGCCGACAUCUUCUCAGCUCCUAGCCCCCUCCUUGCGGAGAAGACAAGGGAGAGCUACCUGAUCGAUGAGACGCAGGUGGAAGACGACAGCCGCUGCUUCCUUGAGCGGCGAAGGCACUUCGUCCCUACACACAAGAGCUCGUCCUACGAGUCGUCUACUGACCUGUCACAGGCCCGGUCGCCCCUUGGGACCGCGCCGUCCAUGGAGAACUUGGAGAAGGAAAGCGAAGAGGAGUUCUUGAGCUCGGCCCCCGUCCUCCCCAUCAACGGCAGCAGCGACUCUCCUCGGAGGCUUGACGCCUCCUGGCUGAGGAGCUCGGUCCUCCAGGACAGUACCAAGACUCCCCCCAGGUACGGAGCCCCCCGGUACGUCUUCGGAAACACAGACAAGAGGCUGACCGCAGGCUCCACUUUCUCGCAAGGGACCUCGGUACAAAGUCCUCUUGUUCUCUUCCCCUCUGACGCCCAGAGUCUGCAGGAAGUCGCAAGGCGCUCCAACCAUGGCGGCUCAAGGGCGGGGAUGGAGGGGAGCAGAGAGGGAGGGCGGGCAACGACGCUGUACAGCUCGGGGAAGACGAUCAAGGCCCUGGUGGACAGGCUUGGGGAGAGGGAGGAGAGUUCCAGUACAGCCAGCAUGCUCACAAGCAGAUCAGAUCCUGACUUGGAGAAUUUGCGGCAGCGGCAGCUGGUAAGGAAGACGAUGCAGAUCCUGGGAGAAGGGAUGGGCAAGCAGGGAUCAGCGGGCGAUGAUUGA